AUUUUGAAAUGGACCGGAUGGCGUGUUUGAUUUCAUUACGCUUGACACCGGUCCGUUCAGUUGCAGUCGUGUGCUCUCCACUCUGCUCGCAUCAUUCAGACGGGUAGCUAUGUGAUAGUGUGGCUACGUCCCGGUGUCCCCAAAGUCCGGCGUCCGCUCAGGAUGGAUCAGAGGAGAUCCGAACCGGACCGCAACACCGGCAGCAGCCCGGUCACGUUGUACGGGGAAUUCACGGUAACUGGUAACCGAAAAGUCAGGUGUGCCGUGAGCCUGACCGAGAAGGACCUCGUUGUCCAGAGGCUUACGUCGGCACCUGUCGGGCGGAACAAGGUGGUGCUCAGUCUCAAGGACUGUGUCGGCUGCCGGGCUUUCCGGGAAGAUGAUAAUGCGGACCCGGCGGCGUACUUAUCAGCCUACUUUUACCCGCUCAAACGGCGCUGGAUGAGUUCCGGAGUGGCACGGCAGAGAGUGGAGUACUGCUUUCGGCUCGCUGCGCUCCAGGACCCGCGCGCCAACCAGGAUGAAGCGGAGAAAUGGGCUCGCGCUGUCCGAGAACGUUCUGGCCGGCAACAGUAUCUAAGAGACGGGGUGUUGAUGAGCGAGUUGUCUCGUCCACGAAGGAUGAUGCUGCUGGUGAAUCCACAGAGCGGGAAAGGACAGGCGCUCACCCUGUACAACAACCACAUCCAACGGAUGCUCAACGAGGCCAGCGUCCAACACACUCUGGUUAUAACUGAGCGGCAGAACCACGCCCGAGAGCUGGUGAGAGAGGCCGACCUGUCGCAGUGGGACGCUUUAGUCAUCAUGUCAGGAGAUGGACUUCUGUAUGAGGUGAUAAAUGGCCUGCUGGAGAGAGCAGACUGGGAGGAGGCCAUCCGCACCCCUCUGGGUAUCCUUCCUGGUGGAUCAGGCAACGCCUUGGCUGCAUCCAUACAUCACUACUCUGGAGCGUCUCCGGUGUCCAGUGAGGAGCUCCUGGUCAGCUGUGGUUUCCUGCUCUGUAAAGGACUGGUGUCCCGUAUGGAUCUGGUCUCCAUCCAUCUCUUCUCCAGCCCUCGUCUCUUCUCCUUUCUCUCUCUGGCCUGGGGAUUUGUGGCGGAUGUGGACAUAGAGAGCGAGAAGUACCGUCAUGUGGGAGCCGCCAGGUUCACUGUGGGCACGCUGGUGAGGCUGGCUUCUCUCCGUGUCUACAAAGGAAAGCUGGCUUACCUGCCUGCCGCCAAAGACUACAGCAAUGAGGAAGGCAUGAGAAACAACAUGACACUGCACUGCAACAAUCAAGCGUCCUCCCUGAGUCUGGCCUCUGCGCUGUGCCGCCAGUCCAGAGACUCUUCCUGUCAGAACACCUUCCAUAACUCCUGCCACUCCAACAACUCCCUCAAAGUGCGGAGGACGGAGAGCACGCCUUCCAGAAGCGCCACCAAAGCUCUCCCUGGCCCACCUGACUCCCUGCUGCUGCCCCUGGACCAGCCGCUGCCCAGUGAUUGGGUGGUGGUCCAGGAGGAAGACUUUGUCCUCAUUCUGGCCAUGUACCAGUCCCACCUGGCGGAGGACCUGCUGGCAGCGCCAGACGCCACCUUGGACGACGGGGUCAUCCAUCUUUUCUACGUCAGAGCAGGAAUAUCACGCACUGCUCUGCUGAGGCUUUUCCUAGCCAUGGAGAAGGGCGCACAUCUGGCUACUAACUGUCAACAUCUGGUGCACACCAAGGUGCGGGCGCUCAGGCUGGAGCCAUAUUCACCCAAAGGGAUAAUAACAGUAGAUGGAGAAGUGGUGGAGUACGGGCCAGUGCAAGCAGAGGUGCACAGAGGUCUGACGAGAUUAAUCACUGGAUGAACUGAACAAACACCACCAGCUUUUAUCUUUGCUGUUAAAGGUUGAAGGUGUUUAAUAAACAACUUUUAGCAUUUCAAAUGAAGAGGUACAGGAGCAAAGUUAUGGAUGUAAAACUCAUUUACUUUUAUCUGCAAUGGGGUUUGUUUUCUCUUUUUUUUUGAAGAAAAUGCUGUGACACUGAUGGGAUAUUACAUGAAACAAGUGCCGUGUAUGGAGACUCAAAGUGUCCAAAAUUAGAUAAUUUGUCAAAGAUAAAUAAUCAUAGGAAAAAAUGCAGAGAAAGCAUAAAAUAUAACCAUUAAAUCUUUUUUCAAAUUCAGCUUAUUGUUAUGAAAUUAUUUCAUCCUGCUGUUUUUUUACAAUAAGAGCAUUUGUGGCAGCCAAUUUUUAACAUUUCAAAAUGCCCUUUUUGCUAAAUUUGUUUUUAUUUUGCAUAUAUUAAUUAAAACUGUCUUUAUUUGUCAGUCAGGACAAACGGGGCAGAGCCUGUUAUGUGAUUAGUUUGGCUUGUUGAGACCAAAGCCACAUCACAUAACAGAGUCAGACUGAUGCACAAAGACCCACUAAAGUCCUAAACUAAGAUAUAUUUUGAAGAACUUAAAAAAAUAAAACUUGUUAAGACACUGACUUGUGCGCACAUAGUAAUAAAAUAUCACCCCUCAGGGCCUCCAUACUUUGAAAGGAAAAGGAAAAUAAAUAGUCUUACAAUACUAUUAUUGUGAAAAUUUCAUAAUGAUGAGCUUAGAUUUUAUUAAUGUAUUGAUGCAUUUCACUGUUUAAUACCUCUCUUUAUUUAAUAUUGAACACUUUCGAGUCUCCAUAGCCACUAUUGAACGUACUGUAGUAGAUAAUGUCAGCCUUGCUUUACAGGCACAAACACGAACACAUACAGACUCAUGUGGAGUGUUUCGCCUCCACGGAAAGAAAUUCAUCACCAUCUGUAGCCUGCGGUAUCUCAUCUUGUUUAUUGCUGCAUGGAGAGCAUUUCGUCUCUAUCCUGAAUCUGACAUAUGAGCCUGAAUUACAGCAUCUUACGCAACAGCGAAAGAUUGGAUUUAUGCCUUCACAGCUCCUCUGCAGUACGAUGGAGACAAUGUGUGUGUGUGAUGCGGUAAAUGUGAGGUAGUGGGGAUGUCAAUGUGGAGUCGUCAUCACCCUGGUUUGGAGGUGAUGAAGCUUUGUGUUUAUUGAAAACAAAGGGUCAGAAGUAGUUGAGUCACCAUCGGUGCUCAUCUGCUCUGCCAUGGCACACUGCUGAGUAACGUGGAGGACGGUUUACCUCCAGUUUGUGCUCCAGCAGGAGUAAAACAAAUCCCAAGAAAGCACAUUGCAGAACACAUUAUUAAAUAUAACUAUUUAUAUAUAAUUUAUUUCCUCAUAUCAAGGCUGUUUGGGAUGGUCUCACCGCCUGGUCACCAGACCAAUAUAGUGUCAGAUUAGUUGCCUUAAAAUCUUGUUGGCGUCAUCCUGGGUUCCUAAACCAAACAUGUUACCUUUGUUUUUUAAUCUUAUUAUUUUUAUUUUAUUCUGAUAUAAAGACACAACUCUUCGUAGUGAAGAAGUCAUGUUAAAGUCUCCAAGGUGCUACAGAAGCACAGGAGCAAUUAAAUGAAAGUGAACAGUGAGACUGCAACAUAUUUAAAGGGUCAGCUAACCCAAAUCCUUUUUUUUUUUUUUUUUUUUUCCUGUAGCAGAUCCUCCUUUUAGAUUCUAAUGUUUUAUGAUCAUUUUGGAGGAAACAGUUUGUGAUGCUGUUGAACUGUAUUACAUUACCAUUAUCAUUAAUGACUAACUAAUAAAUAAAUUCCAGAGGCUGAUGUCAAAACCUGCUCAAAUAAGACCUAUCUGCAACUAUCUGCAGGACUAGAUACUGUUAAAGGUCAAAGAAAAUACUGGAUGAACUGACCCUUUAAUCCAGCUAUUCAUUGCACUCUGCGUGAUCACAGGGUUUAUUUAAUUGUUUAAUUAAUUGGUGUUUUUCCUGUACCUGUGUAUCACUGACUAAAUUAGCAACCACUCUAUUGGAACUAAUGUAAGAAAUCACUGAAAUGAAGUAGAUACAAAAUGACAAAGAAAGUAGACAAGCUGAUGAUAACUGUGUGAAAGCAGCUGCAGCUCUGCUCCUGGUCAAGUGACUGACAUGUUUUAGUGCCUCAAUGUGCUCCACGGCUGCAUCCUCCCUCCCUCCAUCCCCGACAUCUCAUUCUUCUGCUUUCAUCCAUCCAUCCAUUCGCUGCUUUAAGUACUGCAGUGCUCUGCAGAGCAGUUUCUGGCCACAACUGUAUAUAUAUAUAUACAUACACACACACACACACACACACACACACACACACACACACACACAAACACACAGGCUUUCCCCCCAUGUAGGAUUUAUCAGUGAUCACCUAGGUGUCCUUACCAUUGAGCUUUAAGUUGCAUGGAAAUGGAAAUGAUGACUAAGGUUUGUGGCCUACACAAGGAAAAGUCAGAUGUUGUUUGCCUGUUUAGUUUUGGGCUUUCAGAGUCAGGGUGAAAUGAACUCUAGGUGGUCAUGCCUUAAACAGUGGGUCUGGGGGUUUAAGUUGGUUAAAACAGCACGGUGAGAGGGAGGGGGGAGCAGAGAGGGAAGAGAGAGGGAGAAGGAAAGGAGGAGGAGGGGGGAGAUAUUGACUUGUUAAAUGCUGCAUGAGGUAGGCGGCGUUGUGUUCCUGACUGGGCGCCCUCAUUCUUCCUCCUCACCGCAAGAAAUCCUGUGGGAGCAUUAGCAAACUGUCCUAACGCUGUGAGAAAAAAAGAGGAGGUGAACACACACACACGCACACAGUAACAAUAAUUGUAAAAUUAGGAAAUGUGACACAGACAUUAUCGAACCAUUUUCUGGUUUUAAAUAGGAACAAGAAUGACAAAGGUCAGAUUUUGAAACCUUGACGUGCCUACAUGGCUGCAGUAAAAAAUGCAAAGAUGUUUGUGCUUCGUGUUUUAAAUCAACAUGCCACGAAUACAUUUGACACUGUAAAGACCAAAAUUAUUUUUUUCUAAACAGACAUUCUUUCAUACAUGUUUUUGCACACGUUUGUUGCCAGUGCCAAUGACAUAGAGUUCAUUUAACUGAUUCAUAGGCGCUAAUUUAGUUAGUUUAAAUUAUGUUUAUUCAUGACAACAGGAAUUCAGUUGAGGUUAACAAGCACAUAAGAUGGAAACAGUACUUGAAAACAUGCUUGUUACACUUUGUGUUUGCUGUUAUUUUAAGGGACAAAUGUGGUCUGUAGCACCAAAUCUCUGAAAGAAAUGCAGCCUCAAGAUGUAAAAAAAAUUUAAUUUUGAGCAGCAGAAAUAUAUAUUUUCUGCUUUUCAGUUGUUUUUUCCAGGUGUUUCCCCCCAUAUCUAACAAAAUAAAUGAUACACUUUCUUUUUUAUGCCACAGAGUGCUACAGACCACUUUUCUCAUCUUUUUAUUUUCUAUGCAAAGUCAGACUUCCUGUGUGUGAUGCAGCGGUCCUUUUAACUGUUUGAUGUGCCUUGAUUGUGCUGCCUCCUGGUGGUUUGAAUACAGCGGUGCAUUCACUGAAUUCACUGAAUGUGAAAAUCAACUCAUUAGUUUUCUCACCACAUUUUUUUUUAAAAACUGAAGAUUGAAGUCCUCCAGUAUGAACUGUUAAAUGAUGCUGCCUUUGUGCCGCCUCAUCAAUAACUAUAACUAAGAAUAACUAAGAAACUGGGGUGACAGAAUCUAGUUUCUCUCUUUAGGUCAGUAUGAUUGAAAGUCAGGUUGUCCCAGUUAAAUCAGACAAAUGAAAAAUCAGAUGACGAAGGACCUGAUGUACAUUCCUCUGCUGUUUGUCUUUACCUGCUGCUUCUGUUGAUUUGUGUGUUUUAAAUGUUUACGGUGAAGGGAAACUUUUUUUUCUUCCACACUGAAGAUUGAAUGAUUCUUUAUUCAAAGAGAGAUCUAUUUUUCCAUGUAGACAAAUGUCUGUAAUUUUCUAUCAUCAAGUUGAACGUCGAGUGUUUUUGAUUGAGAAAUAAAUGAUAACAAAAGA